AGCUGCCUCCGACGCGGUCACACUACGCCAAUGUUUACGUUUUUUCUGCAUUGAAAAAAAUAGUCCACCCAUAUUGUUGCGAAAACUUGAAAAAUAACAACAAAUGUCGCUGCUGGAACAGUACGAGCAGCAAUACGCGGCUCUAAUUGCAGAGAUAACAGCGCAUAUAGGAAGAUUACAGCAGCAGAGCAGCAGCAGUGACCGUCAUGAAUUGUGCAGCAAAAUCGAUGGCAGCAUGCCCGAGGCACAGGAGCUGCUGGAGCAGAUGGGUCUGGAGGUAAGAGAGCUUAAUCCUGCACAGCGCAGCAACUUCAACAGCAAGCUGCAGGUGGCCCAAGCCGAACUGCGACGCCUGCAGGCGGAGUACAAGCAAACCAAGGAUAAGCAACCAAACGCCUUCACAACACUGGACUUGGGUGGGACCAGUGACUAUUACGAGGAUGUGUCCAUCAACAAUGACCAGCGACAGCGCCUGCUAGACAAUUCGGAGAGGAUUGAGCGCACUGGCAAUCGGCUGACCGAGGGCUAUCGAGUGGCCCUGGAGACCGAGGCGCUGGGCGCACAAGUACUCAACGAUCUGCACCAUCAGCGCGAAACACUGCAAGGCGCGCGGGCACGCCUGAGGGAAACCAACGCAGAUAUCGGCCGUGCCUCGCGCACCCUGAACACCAUGGUUUUGCGAGCACUCAGGGAAAAGGUCGUUCUAUAUGGCGUGGGAGUGUGCUUUGUGGUGGCUGUGGGUGUCAGCUUAUACCUGACCUUUGCGCCGAGUUCCACUUCGGCUGCUGCCAGUUCGUAGUAAACCUAAAGGGGUAACCCAACACUAGAGACAUUCCUUUAUUUGUGAAUUGAUUAUUUAUUUAUUAUUAUUUGUUUAGCAAAUCUUACGUCUAUGAGUAUUCAGUGUGUGUUGUGUGUAAAGGAAAACGAUUCUAACGUUGGCUAAUUCUAGUGGAAGAAAGCUGCACAGACCUACGCACUAAACUACAUUAUAAUAUAAACAUUCAAAGUUUAUAUUUGGCAUAGAGAUAUAUAUAACAUAUAACUAACUCCUAUACCUAUGACUCGUUUGGUGUUUUCGGGGACGUAUCUUUGCAUUAAAAAACAUAAACCAA